AUGGAUUUAGGGCUGGCUUUAGGUGAAACUGCAUCAGUGUCCGGGGCAGAAACUUCUUCAGGUGGGGAAGAUGUAAAUGAGAUUAUUGGUGCAGUGGAAGCAGUAGAAUCUACCACCCCGGGUGCUUCAUUCCUUGCAAAAGUGGCAAUUGCUAUCGGUAUUGCGGCCACGGUCACUGUAAUUUCACUAGUCAGGAAGCAGCCUUCAUCAGGUCCAUCUUUUAGUCUGCCACAAAUAGUUGAUGCCUCCACACAGUCUGAUGCAGCAGCAGCAACCCUUGGAUAUUCAUUUUCUGCAUUUGGAAAGAAAGUCAUAAUUCCAGAGUACACACCAGGGUGGGUCUACUUUUGUUUGCUCAUGGCUGCUGGAUUUGGACUACUUAUCAGUGAAGAAGCUUUAAAUGUUUGGGUCUGUCCUUUGCACUGGGGUGUUUGUCUCAGCGAUAUGAUCCCGUUCUUUCUGGGGAAGCUUUUUAGACAAACUAAAGCAUCUGAAGGCAUAAGCAGCAAGAUUGGAAUUGGCAAGGACAAAGCACUAAGCAUAUCACGAGCAGUCCAAAAGUACGGGAACCUAAUUGGCUUUGUUGAGAGAUUUUCAAUUGGCGUACGGAAUAUCACAGCAUUUCUAGCUGGCGCAUUGGGUAUACCAGCAGACUGUUACUUCGCCGGAGUUUGUUUCGGGUGCCUGCUUACUCUUCCUAUUCAGUUAGCACUUGGGUUUGUCCUCCGUGAAAGGCCUGUCAUCGCUCUGGCAAGCGUCGCAGCUGCCGUGGCCAUGCUUGCUCUGCAAUGCAACCAGGGCAUCUGCACGGCGUUCCCUUACGCAGCCGCGGCGUGCACGGCUCUCUUCUUCUACCUCCGCCGGCCCGACUCCAGCAGCUGA